GUACUAAAUGGGGCUGGGGCACCAUGAUGAUGGAGAGAGCAAUGGGCGACGUUUUCAAAAUCAAUGAGGUGAUGGAUGUGCUUCCUGUUUUGAUUUUACAGUGGUCUAGAAGUCGUAUCAAGUCCAGCACAAAAUGAAGUGUUUUGCGCCACCUGUUCUCCUGGCUUAUGUUCUCUUCAUAUGCGAGGUUUUGUGUGACCUUGCGCGACUUGGGCAUGAGAAUUUUCUCACGUUGGACGAAUAUCGUGAGGUACUUGCGCGCAAGCGGUUGGCGGUAUGGCGGACAAAGCCACGGUUCGCUCGAGGGGAUGAGCAAGACUUAGAAGAAUCUGGCCAAAAUAAACACGGAUCAGGCGACGGGCAAGGCCAGAAUAAUGUCGGCAGUAGACAUGACCAACGUGGAUUAGCGCUAGGCCCUGGUCAUCACCUUCCCGAAGAUAAGAACAACUAUCAACUGCAAGAGCAAGUCAAAUUCUGGCAGUCAUCCGUGAAGGACUUGGAGAGGUACGAGGUCUUGUUCGCGGUCAUGGCGAGUAGGACGAUGGAGUGGCGGGUUACAGUCAUGGAAGCGACCUGCUUGAAGGACAUGCCUCACGUCAAAUACGUGGUGGAAGAAUAUCUGGAUGUAUGAGCGAUCUUGUCAAUCAAUUGCUUCAGUUUUUCUGAGAACGCAAAGAACUAUGAUUCAAAUGUUAAAUUACAACGCGACCUUAUCGCGAAAUAUUCUGUUUGCGAGUUAUCAUGUGCAUCUGGCAUAUCGCGAUUGAUCUCUAAAUAGUAGCGUCCCGGAGUCUCGACAGUGGAAAGUGAGUUUUCGGAAGCAGGCAGGCGGUGGGGUACGCAAGAGUAAGAAUGCUGAUGUUUGGAAAGUCAGGAAGGAAUACAUGAAGGUGCAGCGACAGCAGCUGGAGUUCAUCACGCAGCACAAGAGGUUACCGCCAGAAAUUAAGCUAUGCUCAGAAAGAAACCCUUAACUCAGCGAGCGAGGCCAAUGAAAAUGUUCCUCAGAAGAUGAGGCUUCAUACAACAAUGUUAAACUGAAGUAAUGAUUAGCACUUUUUAUGAUUACAUGGCUACGACGGAAAAGCGGUAAUGCUAAAACGAGGUGAUUAUUCAUCGAUGAGCCAUCGCGCUCUAAGUUGAUGGAUUAUGCUUUUGGACGACGAUACCUACUUCGAUUGGCCACAGAUGAGUCGGAUGCUUCGCGUGCUGGACCCCUCUGAUCCGGUCCUGCUAUCGUACAUCCUCAGCGAUGCACAAGUGAUUGGAUAUGAUUAUCCGUGUGGUAUGGCGAGGCUGAAAGGCUUUUAUGGAUGUAAAGGUCGUCCUUGUUGUAGCCAGUCUUAUACAACAAAGGUCUUGUUGUCGGAGCGUAUUUUGCUCUAGAGUAUCUUCAUAAUAUCUGUAUUAGUUUCUGAAGAAUAAGCAUUCAAUAUCGUGGUAGCCGCUCCUGGUUGUGGUCCGAGUUUUUAUGGUCUAAUCAGUGAGGUGCGGGGAUGAUUCUAUCGCGGCAAGCUUACGAUGUUAUUGCAAAACCACUCGCGGAUGAUGAUAUCUGUCCCUUCAGCAGCUUCAACGACCUAACUCUCGUUAUGACAAGUGUGGAAUAUGCUCAAGAGAGGUGUUCAUGAUGCAACUACAAAGUUAGAAGUCAUUCUUACUUCUUCUUUGGUAUAAUUUGCGGCCUCUUGGUUCCCAUCUGCGUACUCAGCUUUGCUGCUUAUAACACAUGCCUUUGCCUUAGCACCUAUGGGGUUCCGAUGGUUCACUCACCCCUGAUGCACUGCAUGCCAACCCUGAAUAUGGCAGGAAGAAGCUGGGAGAACAUGAACGACGUUCAGGAACAAGUCGCCUUUCACCGGCUGAUCGCCUCGACAAAUCUUAUGACUUAUUCAAACAUGAAUGUGGAAUUGAUGAGUUUCGAUUGCUUCUAGCAGUGCCGAUCGUACUUGAGCGACAAGGUAGAGUCUGGGACCUGCUCAAUUAAGUAGUCCAAUGCGUGAAAAAUAUGCUCCGUUCGUGGCACAAAUGAUAUUUUAGAGGCACCUUUCAUAUCUCUCGAGGGAUUGGUGGACAUGCUCGAUGCGAAAGAGGAGAAUAUGCAGGCAAUGGCCACAGCUGGUCAUGGUUGUCUGAUUUAUGGCCAUUGUUUGUUUUUCUGUGGUGCUGACGCUGAGUAACGAACGUCUGAUUAGAUGGUACAGAAGUGUAGCCCAGUACGUGCAGCCUAAUCUUGUUGUAUGAUGACUAUCAAUCUGUACUGCAGAAGGAGUAAAAAAGAUCAACAAACCAAUACAUCGUCUAAGGUUUGUCGCCACGCGGCGGUGAGAAGGUCAUUGAUGUUCGCACCCUCGUAGUGCACGAGCGGCAGCUUGGACGCUUCUCGACCGAAUGCCGCAAACACUUUACUUCGGUGAGUAGCGGCACUACUACGUCUUCAACCGGAGAUUUUUUCACGAAGGGAAAUAAGUACGAGGAACUUGUCCGUGCAGUAUGGGAAUUCGAUCCUGAGGUAAAGCGACAAUCACACUUUGACCCGGAGGAGAGUGGUUUACUUUUUCAGCUCUUUGACGACUUCCACAUUGGACACAUGCAAGCACGCAAGUAUGGACCGUUCGAAGCCGCACCAACCGGUCGACAGUUACGAAGAUUAACUUGUGUACUAAAUACUUGGAGCUGAAAUAGCAAUAGAUGCUAUUAUUCUUUCUUCGUAUUCUUGGUGCAUCACUCAUCGUCAUUGUGUGUCUUCUUGUUUCCUUCUAAGAACAGGCGCGGCGAACACGGUUCCCGCGUGGGUAAAUAAUUUGGUUGAGAGUGGUAGUAGAGAAAGACCUGAUAUGCCGAAAAGGUGGAAAGUUCAGGUGGUGCCAGAGCGAGCGUUCCCAGCUUUAGAGAGAGUACGGUUCGAUGCCGACUUUUCCGACGUGGUGAGGCGGCAGACAAAGCAAGAGGCAGAUGGAGCUGGUGAGGAGAUUCCACUCGAAGCUGCUCUUUGGCCCCGCUUUCCUGAUGACACCGACUUUGAGCACGGCAGGCACCAACGAGAUUGGAUUGACAUCGUGGUCGAAAACUUUCAACAGUGGAGAGCAGAAAAGUUUCAUAAGACAAAAAGCAGAACAAGAAGUCCCGAACAAGAUAUGCCAGGAGAUUCUUGUGGGAGCGAUUGGACUUUCCUCAGUUUCUAUGGCAGCACAACAUACGUGAAUGUUGGCCAUCUGACGCUGCUCAUCCGCCACAUACACGAGUUUUUUCCGUGUACGCAGAAAGACCUAUCAGCAGGAAGGCAGCAAAAUGAGAUGGCGGAAGGAGGUGAACUACGCUCGGAAACCAAUACAGGGUUAGAUGAAGGUGAGGCAGAAGGUUCAAGUACACGUCCAGUGGAGGACCAGAAUGAAGAUGAUUUUCCAAUUUCAGUGCCGCCAGAGUUCGACUUGGUCUCUGCAGGACUGCCGCCGAUAGCUGUGGCAUAUGUUCACACGGAGUCGCAUAUCGAGCCUGCAGCCGGUGUGCUUCUCAAUGCCGGCGCCGUCGAUGUGCUCAGCAAAUGCCCUGCGACGCUCAAGGAAAACAUCAUCAACAAGCGCCUGGACAAUCUGCACCCUGAUCUCCACAAAUUUAUUCCAGUCGAUGACGAGCUCGUAGUAGAGUUCAAGCAGCGUCAUGGAUUCGAUUACGCUUGGUGUUUUCGAGAGGAGUACACUAGUAGAUGAUCUCCAAUGUGCAAGUGGCGGGUAAUCAAGGUUGUAACGUGAAGUCUAUCGUAGCACGGACUCCCAUAUUACUUAGACGUGUUAGAAGCCUCGUCACACCUUCAUUGUGAGAUAGUUGAUUAUCCGCUAAGCAUUUUUGUCGCAAUCCCAGCUGCAAGACAACAUCCUAGGAGCGGAUCUGUUUGUGAUGCUGCGAUUCUGCGGCGUACUCCUCGUCCAUUCACGAAGAUUUGCGCCACAGUUGCAAGGCUUGAUAACGUAUUCCACGUGGAGACGCCCCCAUCGUAGUCCAAUAUCUGAGCUUGUCACCGCGGGAGCUGUUUUCAGCAAGCAAAGAAUGGCGGCCCUAACGCUUUAUGGAGGACAGCGCAGACGCUGGCUGAAAACAAAGAAGGGUAAGUAUUUUCUAAGAUGGAUGCGGAUGACUUCAUCCAUAUAUAAUUUUACUGAUAGUUAGAGUUUGCAGCAUGCAGGUAUUUUAGAUCAGCAUGCCCAUCGCUCGAAAGUGACUUUAGAUCUUGAUGAUAGCAUUCAGUUGCUAUUCACACGACAUGAACCUUCACUAUCAGAUUCAGCAUCCGAUGAGACGGCCUUGGGUGCUCCACGUUUCCGCUACGAGCAUGACAUACAACGAAGUCGGAUACCAGGUGGGGUUCUUGUGGGGGACGUUGUGAUGACCUAUCGCUCAGAGCAUUUUCUAGCGGAUGCGCAAGCAACGAACGAUAAAAGAAUCAGGAAAAAGAACGAGGCGUAAACUCUUCGCUUUGUUGAAAAGAUAACAUCAGAGAUUUUUGAGAUGCUCUCUUUUAGUGCGUCGUCGAAUCCACGGAAGAGAUAUCGCCGAUCGACGUUCUUGCAUCUUCUACUGUGCGAUUCCGUCUUGUCAUUGCCGUCUUUCAGAGACGCAAC